AAUAGAGACUGCACCGACAGAUAUAUUCUACAUGGUCUGCUGUUUCAGGAGAACAGCCAUUCACCCAGAGACUUGGGCCCAGCACACACCCGCUGCAAAUGAAUUCUUCUUAAGACGUCUGUGAGGGACUGGAGCAGAACCAGACAGUGACUGUGCUGCAGGCUCAGGAGUAACAUGCUGCCCCGCUGUGCAUACGGUGUGUGCCAUGUGUUUGUGUUGGUGCUGUGUCUGUCUGCGGCUGAGGACUUCGACUGGACAAAGAACGACCACGGCUCCUUCUAUUAUGGCACUUUUCCAGCUGGAUUUUCGUGGGGUGCCGGCAGUUCAGCCUAUCAAACAGAAGGAGCCUGGGACAAAGAUGGAAAAGGAUUGAGCAUCUGGGAUGUGUUCAGUCAUAAGAAAGGCAAAAUCCAACUCAAUGACACUGGGGAUUCCUCCUGUGAGGGCUACUACAGAGUCAAGGAUGAUGUUUCUUUGAUGAAGGAGCUGAAACUAAACCACUAUCGCUUCUCCAUCUCCUGGCCUAGACUCAUCCCUACUGGCAUAAAGUCUGACCAUGUGAAUGAAAAAGGAAUACAGUACUAUGGCGACCUGAUUGACCAUCUGCUGGAAAACAAAAUCACUCCCAUUGUCACUCUAUAUCACUGGGAUCUUCCCCAGGUCUUACAAGAAAAAUAUGGUGGAUGGCAGAAUAUAAGCAUGGUCAACCAUUUCAAUGAAUUUGCUAACCUGUGCUUUGAAAGAUUUGGUAACCGAGUCAAGUAUUGGAUCACGUUCAACAAUCCAUGGUCAGUAGCAGUUGAAGGCUAUGAGACCGGUGAGCAUGCUCCUGGACUGAAGAUGAGAGGCACAGGUGCAUACAAAGCUGCCCACCACAUAAUCAAGGCACAUGCUAAAGUUUGGCACACCUAUGAUACACAAUGGAGGGGAAAACAAAAAGGCCUGGUCGGUAUCUCUCUGUCUGGGGAUUGGGGAGAGCCAGUGGACAUCAGCAACCAGAAAGACAUCGAAGCAGCUGAGAGAUAUGUCCAGUUCUACCUGGGCUGGUUUGCCACACCCAUCUUUCACGGCGACUACCCUCAAGUAAUGAAAGACUUCAUCGGAAGGAAGAGUGUCCAGCAGGGCCUCGGCACGUCUCGACUGCCCACAUUUUCCCCCCAGGAGAAAAGCUACAUCAAGGGGACCUGUGACUUCCUCGGCAUCGGCCAUUUCACCACCCGCUACAUCACCCAGAAGAACUACCCGUCAGGCCGCAGUAGCAGCAGCUACUUCACCGACCGUGACCUUGCUGAGCUGGUUGAUCCUCGAUGGCCUGACCCCGGCUCAGAAUGGCUCUACUCUGUGCCCUGGGGUUUCAGACGUCUGCUCAAUUUUGUCAAGACUCAGUAUGGAAACCCAGUGAUUUAUGUGACAGAGAAUGGAGUCUCUGAGAAGAUGCUGUGCACAGAGCUGUGUGAUGACUGGAGGAUACAGUAUUAUAAAGACUACACCAACGAGAUGCUAAAAGCUAUCAAAGAUGGGGUCAAUGUGAAGGGCUACACCGCAUGGUCCCUGCUGGACAAGUUUGAAUGGGAUGAGGGCUACUCCGAGAGGUUUGGCUUGUACUAUGUGGACUUCAGGAAUAAAAACAAGCCUCGCUAUCCCAAAGCUUCUGUCCAGUUUUACAAGCGCAUCAUCAGCUCCAAUGGAUUUCCCAACCAGAGAGAGGUUGAGAACUGGAGGAGGAAGGCAGUUGAGACAUGUUCUUCUAGCAACCACCUCCUAGCGGCAGCUAGAAGAAAAUCCAAGGAACAUGCAGAAAUGCCAAAGGUUUGGCCAGUGCAUGAUGAAGUUUAGAACUUUAUGACCCUUUGACCAGCCACAUGGAGAUGGUAACUGAGAUUGUUGUUCCCACCGUGUGCACACUCUCUAUUUUGCUCAGUGCCAUCUUCCUCAUGUUCCUGCUGCGGAGGCGGAACUAGAAAGUGUGCAUGUUUACAACAACAUCAACACACCUAUAUAUAUAUAUAUACACAAGCACACAAACACUCCUGUAGUAAAUGCAUAAUUUCUUUAAUGGACCAUGUGUGAACAUGAAUGCAUUAUUUGAACUGAAGAGAAUUACUGACUUUAUUAAUUUGACGUGUUUACAGUGUUUGCUGUAAAAACAUUGGUUUAGCCUAGAACAAUGAAUAUAUUUACAGACACUCAAACUGUUUGGAAAGCCCUGCAAAAUGUUGGAUUUUCGUAUUAAAAUUUUGAUGUGGAAUAUGACCAUUGCAAACA